GUGCGCGCGCGCCUCAACCCCCCCCCUCCCCCCAACCCGGCCCUUUAUAUACCUAUGCCUCCAUGACCUCCGUCCCUACCCCACCGACCACCCCAUCCCUCGCCCACCGCAUCCGCACCGCGAUAAUGACCCUACACACCACGCUCCUGUCGGCCCUGCGCGCCCUCCUGCGCCGCACGAAGCGCAUGCACGCCCUCCUCGCCACCUUCCUGCGGUCCCUGCGGCCCGCGCUCUCCCUCUCCCCCACCGCCGCCUACGCCGCCGAGAUCGAGUCCCUCUUCGCGGCCCUCGACGCGCCGGGCCUGCGCCGCCUCGCUGAUGGAUUGCAGGCCCAGUACGUGAUCGCGCUGCGCGAGAACCCGGCGUGUAUGCUGCCUAGCUACAGCCAUGUGUUGCCGUCGGGCGAAGAAACGGGGCGCUACGUCGCGCUUGAUGUUGGCGGGUCGACGUUCCGCGUUGCGGUGCUGGAGUUGUUUGGGCGCGAGGGCGAGGGGGAUGAGAGUGUUGUGCGCGGGGCAAGGACGUUCAAGAUCGAUGAUGUGGUGAAGCAGCGUGUUGGGAUUGCGUUUUUUGAGUGGUUGGCUGAGAGGAUUGAGGAGACGCUGAGGGAGGUGCUAGGAGAGACGAAGGAGGGAGAGGAGAUGGCGAAGAUGGAUAUGGGGUUGUCCUGGAGCUUUCCCAUUGAGCACACGUCGUUGCGUAGUGGGAAGAUCCAUGGGAUGGGCAAGGGAUUUAGAGCGAUGGAGGGGCUUCUAGGGGCGGAUCUGGCAGAUGUUUUACAGGGCGCUUGUGACCGGCGGCAUCUCCCGGUAACCCUCACCGCAACCGUCAACGACGCCGCCUCCACUCUCCUCUCGCGCGCCUACAGCACGCCAAACACGCACUACGGCCUCAUCCUCGGCACCGGCGUCAACAUCGCCGUGCACCUCCCCACCUCCCUCGUAGCCGGCAAACUCGCCCUGCGCAAUAUCAACAGUGCCGCAUCCCCUCCCACCUCACCACCGUCGCUAUCCACGUCGCCGGGAUCGUCCGUCAGCAUGGGCUCGGCGCUUCCGCCGCAUGAUCAUGUGAUCGUAAACACAGAGAUCAGCAUGUUCGGCGCGGGCGUGCUGCCAGUAACCCGCUUCGACACCGCCCUCGACGCCGCACACGCGCUGCCUGGCUUCCAGCCCCUCGAGAUGCUUGUCUCAGGCCGCUACCUGGGCGAAGUCGCACGUCUCGUCAUCGUCGAGGGAUUCGAGCGCGGUGUUCUCUUCGCGGACGCCAAGGCGCUGCCGAAGGGGUGGGAGAGGGGUUACGGUCUCGACAGCGAGGUGUUGGCUAAGCUGCAGGUUGGGGAGUGGAAGAAUCUCGGUCUCGGGAUUGUGGAGGGUGAUGGGGAGGCGUUGAGGCAGAUUGCUGGGGCUGUGGCGACGAGGGCGGCGAGGGUGGUUGCUGCGUCGAUUUACGCGUUACGAGUUGUUAGGGAUGGCGCGGCUGCCGUGGCUGUGCCGAGCAAAGCGGAGCUUAUUGAGCGGGUGAUGGAGGGAACGAUUACGGCGGCGGCGCCGGCGGCGGCUGCUGUGAGGGAGGACACGGUGGUUGCGUGCGCGGGCGCGGUGAUUCAGUUUUAUCCUGGCUUUAGACAGGGGGCGCAGGAGGCGCUGGAUGAGUUGUGUGGGGAGGGGCAGGGUAGGAUAGAGUUGUGUUUGGCGGAGGAGAGCUCGUUGCUUGGGGCUGCUGUUGGGGCGGCUGUUGUUGCUGGUGGGGGGGAGGGGAGGUGAUGUGAAGGUGUAAAGAGUGGA